GAGAAGGGCGAGGUUCUUAAACCAACGAAACCCGAACCCUUCGACGGAGAUCCACGCAAAAUGGACAAAUUCUUCUCGGAACUCGCAACCUAUUUCGGAUACUUUCCUCGUACCCUGAAGGACGACGAAGACAGAGUCAUCUUCGCAGGCAGCCGCCUUGCGGGAGACGCCGAAACAUGGUUCCGACCCAUCAUGCAGAAUUACGAGGAAGGAAAGAUUGAUUCGAAGAAGCUCAAAACGCAA